UUUUUUUCCUUCUAUCUAACACAAACAGCUUCUUUCUUUUUUAUUAAUAAGAUCUAUAUAUCUCUCCUGUGCUUCUCUCUGAACAUCCCUUUUCUUCACUGUAACUUGCACCAGAAACUAAUACACAUUAUUCCACCUUAUUAUUAAUAUUAUUAUUAUUAGGCUUUAAGAAAACUGAUCAUGAUCUCACGGAUGGCUCCAUCAACUAGGACCUUCCCUCAGCGCCUCAAAGUAGCUCAUGUGCUACUACUGAUCACUGUGGUUUUCAUAUUUUCCCUCACAAUUCUUCCUUCCAAACCAGUUCUGGGUUUUGAUCAAUACUCAUCAAGAAAGUGGGAGAGUACUGAAGAGAAAAGGAAAAUGGUCUUGGGAUCAAGGCCUCCAGGGUGUGUGAACAAGUGCAUGAAUUGCAGGCCUUGUAGGGCUACUUUGGUCAUUCCAUCUCACCAGAAGCGUAGUUUCGAGAUAUCCUCUCAUGGGGAAGAUGACAGCUAUUAUCUUCUCUCAUGGAAAUGCAGAUGUGGAAAUAAGCUCUUCCAACCAUGAUCUGAUUAUCACUUCCUACGUACUACACUUCUAAGGAGAAAUUAUAUAUCAUGCAUGUAUUUAUUAAAUUUCUAGUUGGCAAAGUAAUUCCUCUUUCUCUCUCCCAUGUCCAUGAGAUCUUUCUAGCUAAUUAUGAUAAUCUAUUAG